AUGCAGUCGCAAGUCGUCUCGAAAAUGAUGUCGCAAAUGGCGCGCAAGCAAUCGGUUGAUGUUAAAUCAGAAAUUCUUGAAGAUGAUGGUUACAAGGAGAAAAAGAAAACUUGUUACCCGUGCUGCUGCUACUACAGCAUUCCUUACUAUGCCAUGGUUACGAGAACAGUAACUGAUAAGUUCCCCGACAUGCCCCAAAAACCUUCAAACAUUCAAAUCAUGCCUCUGAAGGAGAAGCCCAAGCUGCCUGAUUUCUUCAUGAAAGUGAUUGAACUCUCAAAAAUAUCGCCAGCUGAAAAAGAAAAGCAGUACUUCAAUCGUCUGAUUGAAGCCGAAGAAAAGAAGGAGAAAGCGCUGAAAGAAAAGUUUCGAAAUGAUCAAGCAAAGAAAAAAGCUCAGGUACUGCAGCUGCAAUCGGCUCAGAAACGAAUGACUUACAUGGAUAAAAACGCGAGGUACACUGGUCCGAACUGCUAUCCUCAAGAUGUCUACAAGAACAAGCCCAGGCCUGAGAGCAUGUACUUCUACAAGCCGAAAAAAGAAUCAAAGUUCAUCGCUAAUAUGGACAUCGAAUUCAAGAGAACCGAAGAUCUGAGGAAGCAGAUGAUUCGUGAGGAUUGCAGGAAACAGAACAAAUACAUCGCUCCUCCGAACGUUGAAAGAAUUCAAACUGUCGACGAAGUUGCGAAGAAAAAGAAGGAAGAAGAGGAAAAGAAGGAGAAAUCGAAAGGUGAAGAGAAACCGCCGGAGCCUACGGCAGAGAAGGUAGAUGAUCCCGACGAUCCACACGCUAUCAAGAAGACACACUGGAAGGAAAUCAAGACCGAGAAGAAAAAAGUGAUCGAUUUUGAUGGCGACGAUCCCAGCAUUCCACCUCCUAAAAAAGAGGACGAAGACAAAUCUGCAAAGCCCGGAAAGUCCAAAAAGGCUGGACUGGCCUCCGCAGAAGCCAUCGUCUCCUGA